AUGGCAGCCCCUCCCCCUGCCGAGUCCAAUCCCUCCUUCUCCAUGUCCGCGUACAUGAUGCCUUCGCACGAGAACUCCUUCGGAUCCGAUACGGACGAUGAUAUCGCUUCUCUCCCCUCAGAAUCAACAACAGAUUCCGACUUGGAGACUCUUUCCGACGACUACUCCGAUGCCGAGGCGGAAUGGCGGGAAAGCAUUGAGCAAUUAGAGCUGCUCCUGACAAUGGUUCUGGUGCCGUUUGUUGGCAAAUAUCUAGGCCGCCGCUGUGCCUACUGGAGUUGGACAAGAUUCAUGCAAUGGAAGUACCCGGUAGAGGUCGCUGUUACGAGCCCUGGUCUCUUCAAGGGCGCCGGUGUCAUCGAGGCAGCCGCAAGCCUAUAA